CAUGCUCUACAAGCAGGCAAACUAUGCAGAUUUACGGAGGACUGAUACUAUGGACCAUCGUUGCCACUGCAGCGGCAUUUAAUAGUAUGUUUCACCGUUUAGGCGUAGAUGUUUCUCCAUAUCAAAACCCUUGGAAGGUUGCAAAUAGCAGCAGUAAUGCCUAUCUUUCACAUGCAUCUUCCACCCUAGAGAGGAAUAGCCAAACUUUAUGCGUACGAUCUCGGUACUUUGGGCCGGGCGAAAACGGCACAGUUGAGAGAUCCCUGGAUUUCUAUCCAAGAAAUUACAGUUUCCCACCGCCGCCGGCUGUAGCAUCGACGCCACCUAACAACAAUAACCGACAUCACAGUGGAAGCAAGAUAGAUGAAUAUGUGUCUAUAAACAUUUCUCUAAGCGAAAGGAACCAAAGCGGAAGCACUAUUCUUGUUGCCGAUGUGAAACAUGAAAUCGCGCUUUAGCGCUACUUGUCCUGC